GUAUUUUCAACACGCAAAAUAUCAAAUUUGGCCUUCCCCAAAAAAAACCUUUACAAAAUUUUCUCUCGGGGUUAUUGUCCAUUUUCCCGUCUCCCAAACAAUAAUUUACGAUUGGGAAGAUUCGCAUUUUCUCGGAUCGAAUUUCGUUCCGAUUCGGACUUUCAACGGCGGAGUUUUGUUUUCCGAUUGAGGGAGGGUUGAUUGAUCUUCUGCAUGUCCGCGGCGACGCCGUCUUACUGGUGCUACAGUUGUAGGCGUUUCGUUAGGGUUUUCAACGACGCCGACGUCUCCACCGCCUCCGCCCUAUCCUCCUCAGUGGUGUGCUCGGACUGCGAGAGUGGCUUCGUAGAGGCGAUCGACAACCCGACCUCCUCCGGAAACGUGGACUCGCGCCGCAGCAGGAGGUUUUCAGCUGCCUCGAUGUACAUGAUUGGAGCCAACAACCGCUCGGUUUCCAGUCCGGAUCAUACCGCUUCGGUUCCGUCCGCCCCCCGAAGAGUUAGACGAAACAACGGCGACCGCUCGCCGUUCAAUCCGGUAAUCGUCCUCCGCGGAACAACGGCCGAAGGCGCCGCCACCACCGAGGAAGGCCGCGGAUAUGAGCUCUUUUACGACGACGGUAGCGGCUCGGGGCUCCGACCCUUGCCUACAAGCAUGUCCGAGUUUCUUCUCGGGUCUAGGUUCGACCGCCUACUUGAACAGCUAUCGCAGUUCGAAAUCAAUGGAAUCGGGCGAUGCGAGCAGAGACCGGCGUCGAAGUCGGCGAUUGAGUCGAUGCCGACGAUCAAGCUCGAUGAGGCUCACAUAACGGCGGGGCAUCACUGCGCCGUUUGUAAAGAACCGUUCGAAGUUAACACCGAAGCUCAGGAAAUGCCCUGCAAGCAUAUAUACCACUCCGAUUGUAUACUGCCGUGGCUUACGCUCCGGAAUUCAUGUCCGGUAUGCAGGCACGAGCUACCGGCCGAUUCGACGCCCGAUACGGGUCAGGGUCGAGGUCAGGAAGAGGACGAAAACGCUGGUCUGACGAUCUGGAGGCUGCCAGGCGGCGGAUUCGCGGUGGGGAGAUUUAGUGGGGGGAGAAGAGGCGCCGAGAGAGAGAUGCCGGUAGUGUAUACGGAGAUGGACGGCGGGUUUAGCGGCGGCGGAGCUGCGAGGAGGAUUUCGUGGUCAAGAAAUGGAGGAAGACGGAGACAGAGCGGUGGGUUGAGGAGAUUUUUCAUGAAUCUGUUUGGUUGUUUCAGCGGGGGUGUGUCGUCGUCGGCAAGUUCGAGUUCGGGUUCGGAGAUGAGGGUGGGGACGCCGAUGCCGCCACCAUCGACGAGUCGUAGAAGAGUGAGGUUUAUGGAAUUGGAACCGACGGAGACUUCGACGCCGAGGGGGCGGAGGACUUGGUCUAUGGAGGUGGAUAGCGGGAUUGUAAGAUGGUGACGUGGAAAAUGUAGGCCAUAUGCUUUUUUUGUCCGGGGAAUUAUGCUUAUACGAUAAUAUGUAAAUAAGAGGUUUUAAUGAAAGGUUUUAAGUUCAAUUCCUCGGAGAUAAAGUUAGCCUCAUUAUUAUUAGCAGUGUAAGGUCAAACCUCCCGCCUUCCCUUUAGUGUAGGUUGUCCUCGCCUAAUAGAGGCAUUAGUCCGGACCACGGGAGCUAUCUGUAUAAUAUCGUUUGUUAAAAAAAUAUAUAUAUAUAUAUCAUUUAA